UGAGGAAGGGGAAGCAAGUGAUGAAGAACCAGAAUAGAAUUAAGCAAAUAUUACAUUUUAAAUCCUUAAGUUAUCCCUUGCAUCACUUAGCUUUUGCAUGGGUGGCACCACCGCAAACUUUAACAAGUGUUCAUCAGUGUGCAGGCCACAGGUGCUGAGUUCACACACAGCUGUGGAUCAGUACCAUCCACCUUGUACAUACUGGAGUUAUGGCUUUCACUAUCCUACCAAGUGUCCAUAAAAAUGGUACCAUUGUGAUGCAUUUUGGGGACACAGUGCUCGUUUUUGGUGUUGUGCCUAGAGGGCAAGCUUUGAAUUGGUCAGAAUAUGUCUGGAGAUUCUGAAGAGAUGAGAGGAAGGUUUUGGAAGUGGCUGACUGGUAUGCCUCUGGGACCAGGCUUGUUUGUGUCGAGCCUCAAGCCGUCCCUGCCAAUCCCCUCCACCCGAAGCCGACUUCCCAGCAUGUCCAGCACUAAGGUCAGCUUAUCAGACGACGGGGAGGACGUUCAGCUGAUCACGCAGCAGAAUGGCACAUCCUCAAAGGACAUGGAAGCGGGGGGCAAGAGAGUCAAGAACGUGGGCCUACAGCACCCGCGGGCAAUCCUCUUCCUGGUGCUGUGGUACAUCUUUAGCGGCAUUACCCUCUUCCUCAACAAAUAUAUCCUCACAUACCAAAAUGCCGACCCCCAUGUCCUUUGCGGUAUGCAGAUGCUGAUCACCAUGGUAUGUGGGCUCAUCCAGCUGCGUUAUCCACUGGGCACGUACAAGCCAGUGUUGGGCCAGAAGAAACCAGCCAACUUUGUCAAGGGGAUGGCUACUCUUGGCCUGCUCCAACUGGGGACCAUAAUGUUUGGUUUGAUUGCCAUCUACUUUGUGGCAGUUAGCUUUGCUGAAACUGUCAAGAGCUCAGCACCACUAUUUACAGUCUUGAUUGCAUGGCUAUACUUGGGUGAAAGAACAGGUGCUUUUGUCUUCUUGUCGUUGAUCCCAGUGAUGCUUGGACUUGCUCUGUGCUCCAGCAACGAGCUCUCCUUUAGCCUAAUUGGUUUUGUCUGUGCCUUAACGACUAAUUUGUGUGAGUGUGUUCAGAGUGUGGUCUCCAAGUCCCUUCUCUCCAAUAAAGCCUAUAUUUACAAUCCAGCUGAGUUGCAGUUCUACCCUAACCUGGCAGCCGUCAUGCUCCAGGUGCCCACCUGGUACUUCUUGGUCGACUUCAAUAAACUCAGCCAACAGAUGAGCAAGAAUCUGGCCACAGCCAUUCUGCUUGAUGGAAUCUCCUUCCACGGCCAGACAAUCACCGCUUAUGUCCUCAUGUCUUACGUCAAUCCUGUGACUUAUAGUGUUGCCAAUACCACCAAAAGAGCAUUCCUGAUCUGGCUGUCAGUGCUUCUGUUUGGCAACCCUGUGACCCUGCUGAGUGGCGUGGGGACAGCCGUGGUCAUUGCAGGGGUGCUGCUUUAUAGCAAGGCUCGGGAUUUAGAUGCCAGGAGAAGAGAGCAGUUCUCCAUAACUCAGGAUAAGAUGAAUAACAUCAGAUAAAAGU